GGCCUCCGCACCCGUAUCCCACCGACUCAUCCCUUUCACAAACGCAAUGUUCUCCGCUGUGCGCCAGACCGCGCUGCGGCAAGCGCGCACUCAGCUCAGACAAACCAGGCCCGUCACCCUACCCCACCAGACGCUUCUCCAGAAGCUACUCUCCACGCUCGCCGUCCUGGAACAGAGAGAGGGCAAGCUCAACGUUUCAUCACUCGCUGCUGUCACGGCCGCGCAGAAGCUUGGUGGCCCGGUCACUGGUUUCGUUGCGGGUAGUGGGAUAAAGGCAGUGGCGGACGAGGCUGCCAAAGUCAAAGGCCUGGACAAGAUCAUCUGUGUCGAGAACGGCGCAUAUGACAAGGGCUUGCCGGAGAACUAUGCACCUCUGCUGGUAGAGAACAUCAAGAAAGGUGGCUUUACGCAUGUCCUGGCGGGACAUUCCGCAUUCGGCAAGAACCUCAUGCCGCGCGUCGCAGCGUUGCUUGACACACAGCAAAUCUCGGACAUUACGGCUAUUGAAAGCGAAGAUACUUUCAUCCGUCCCAUCUAUGCUGGCAAUGCUAUCCUUACUGUCCAAUCUGCCGACGCGACUAAGGUCAUAACAGUUCGCGGCACUGCUUUCCCCGCCGGUGAGACGGAAGGUGGCAAGGCCGCAGUCGAAGAGGGCGUUGACCCCAAAGCCGACGCUCCGACGGAGUGGGUGUCUGAGGACCUGGCCAAGUCCGAUAGACCUGAUCUUGCAACAGCCAGCAGGGUCGUGUCUGGUGGCCGCGGCCUCAAAUCCAAGGAAGAGUUUGACCGCCUUAUGCCUCCUCUUGCUGACGCCUUGGGUGCCGCCAUUGGCGCGUCGCGUGCUGCUGUAGAUGCAGGAUUUGCAGACAAUAGCUUGCAGGUGGGUCAGACGGGUAAGAACGUCGCACCGCAGCUGUACCUAUGCGCUGGUAUCUCCGGCGCGAUCCAACAUUUGGCGGGUAUGAAGGACAGCAAGGUCAUUGCUGCCAUUAACAAGGACGCGGAGGCUCCUAUUUUCCAAGUUGCAGAUGUAGGCUUGGUCGGCGACCUUUUCGAAAAGGUGCCGGAACUUACGGAGAAGCUGAAGGCGCAGUCUUAGAUGCGAUAAGAUACCUUUAGCGAUGGGGUAGAGAUGAUGAAGACGAUGCAAAUCGAGAGUGAGGCGGGCAUAGAAGCAUUGGGCGCUGAGCUCUCUUGAAUCUCCAGCGUGUAUAUAGUAGUGCAUUUUGAUAAUUUUCAGUUUCAUACCCGACCACGCCAACAUGGAAAAACAUAUGACGAAAACCCUGCUAGGUAGUUUCUGGGGUUUGAGAUCUGCACAGGGCUCUCAUGCGGAGAUCUUAUCG